AUGAAUUUAUCGUAUAAUUUAUUUAUCAAGUGUACUGUUUUUAUUCGAACAUGGCAUUCACAAGUUGCAUCUAUUCAUUAUUUAUUAAAAGCAAAUACAGUUAAACAACCGAAUGAUGUUGUACAUUGUGUGCUUCAAAAUGUUGUGUACAAAGAUGAACAAGUUGUCGUAUUCAAUAAACCACCCGGUCUAAUGACUUUAGAUGAAACACGUCGAUUUGCAGAUGAAGAUGAAGAAAUCGACAAAUCAAAUAGAUGGUCUACACAAACAGAUCCGGCCACAAUUCAAUAUCAUAUGCCCGCAUUCCGUUCAGCAUUACAAUGGGAAAAUUUUUAUCCUUGUAUAAGAACACCAAAAGAUAAUAUACUAUUUAUUAUUUGCAGUGGUAUUACAACAGUUAUUCCAAGAAAAUUAGAAGAUUCACACAAAAUAUUUGUUGAACGUGUUCUAAAAAAUGGUCAGUAUUUGUCUUACGAGACAUAUGAAUCAAGUAAAAAUGCUUUACGACGAGGAGAUGUUUAUAGUUCUUAUAUUGAACACAAGACAUUAUCAACAAAUGACGAAUUAAAAGUGGCAUUGGUUGAAUUUCGUACAACGAGUUGUACACGAGAUUUUAUUGAAAUUUAUUGUUUAAGACAAUGUGCACCCUUACUAGGUGAUCAUAAGUAUUGGAAUCGCGUUAAAUAUGUUAUGGGUACGCCAAUGUACAUUAACCCAAUUCAAUAUAAAAUAUUGCCUGCUAAACAGGAAUUAUCAAAAUAUGUUCGUAUUGCUCUAGAGUUGUAUGGUGCAUCAUUUUAUCCACCGUUACAUCUACAUCUAGCCGAUUUUAAUUUACCAAAAAAAUUUCGUGGACAAAAAGCAGUUGUUCACUAUAAAGCAAAACCGUUACCGUAUUUUUAUGAAACAUUGGAACGUUUAAAACUUCAAUUUCCAAAUAUUGAAUAUCUGCUUAUAACGGCCAAAGAUAAUAUUCAACAAGAUCUCUUACAGCAUAUAUCUCAAUGCAACGAUUUUAUUCAUAAUGCACGUUUGAACAACGGACGAGUUUUAAUUCACUGUGUUGAAGGGAAGUCGAGAUCACCAACAAUCGCUAUUGCAUAUUUAACAACAGUAACUGGUUUCUCAUGGAUUGAUUCUAUGAACAGUAUUCGUGGUGUACGCCAAUUAGUUGAACCAAAUUUUAGUUUUCAACGACAAUUGAAAAGAUUUGAUGAAGAACUUGGAAAUACGGAACGUGUUCGAUUAUUUUCUAAAUUUGGUGAUUAUAUUUCUACAGACAAUGAUAGAAGAUUUCUAUUAAACAAUCUUGAAUUAUACAAAGAAGAUCAAAAACGACGAUUUAAUCGAGAAAUUGAUAUGAAAUUAAUGUAUUUGAUUGAAAAUCCAAAAUCCGAUGGCAAUAUGUGUUCUAAUGAAACGAAAGACUAUUCAGACAAGCAUCAAUCUCUCGAAAAUGAACAGACUACCAUUGACUACAUGUUUCAGACUAACUCCGUUUCUCAGGAAGAUUUAAUCUGUUCUGAAAAAUUGCUUGAUGAGAUGUUCGCUUGA